UCUGGCUCGGUUUCGCAACGGUCAACUGGCUGAUUGAGAAGUUCGAUCGGCAACCUCUUCAGGUUCUGAUGAUGCAUACUGCACUCGAUGCUAGGUUCCUGUACGAUGUACAACAAGAGGAAAUCUGCACCACCCUUCCCCCUCCAUUCCCGCCCCUCCCCCAACUCGAUGCCCCCAACUCGAUGCACGCUUCCAAAACCGUCUCUCGUCUGCACCAAACCGAGUCGAGUUGACAUACAUACGCAGCCCAGGAGAUCUCCAGUGAGCCAGCCACAUUUCGGACCGUUACUCUCUUAAGCUGCUCUUUCUAAGAUAGACCCCCCCCCUCCACCGCCAUCGCUCACCGGUGUGUCUAAUGAUCGCAAGACCGGCUCGGCGCCUGCAGACAUAGUGUUCCACACGUCAACUCCCGCCCUUCUCCGUCCUCUCUAAGCGAGGUGCUUGGGGUUGCAGUGAGUCGACGUCGAGCGAAUACGAAUACGUACGUCGUCGUCAGUAUCGAGACCCUGGUGCUCCAUGUACUCAAACAUACAUUUUCAUUCUGAGCGUCUCCAUCCAUCGCUUACGUGGUAGCACUCUUGAUGCGACUAGCCCGCAGGCAAGACCCAGCUCCGGCAGCAGGUUGUACAAUGGUGUACCUGAAGACGAGCCCGGAGACUCACAAGCUUCAGACCCCGAGUGAGAUCGGACAACAAGGACCAGUGCUUGCCAGCAAACGUCACUGGUGCUGCUUUGCUGUCUGGAGAGGGGACGAGUGGGAGGGGAGGGGGGAAGCGCUUGGACUGUCCCAGCAUAACCCUCUUCCAGACAUAUAUUUGUCUGCUAUGCGACGUUAUCUGAACCAUGACGUUUUGCCGUCUUGAGUCUGCACAUCUGGUCUGAAGUUCCGUCCUGUUAUCUUGUUGGACUGCACAUAGAACUGCAUCUAGAACUGCACAUACCCUCAGACCCGGACACAUCUCUUCCAUCGAAGAAGCCGCAUCAUGUCUGUUCUCCCCACAACCGCAUCGGAGACGCCCGCGGGCGCCGCCGCCAUGGACUUCAUGACGCUGAACAAGAAGUACGCCGAGGAGAAGGAGAAGCGCCAAAGGCCGGACGGCAACAAGCAAUACGUCGACAUGGAGGCGGAUGCGCGGUUCAGCAAGCUCGCCCGGGACCCCUGGGCCGACCACGAGAAGCUCAACGCGCAGCCGGCCAACCUCCGGGACGGCGACAAGAUCAAGAUCGUCGUCCUGGGCGCCGGCUACGGCGGCCUGCUCUACGCCAUCCGCCUCGUUCAGGCCGGCUUCCGCGCCGAGGACAUCCGCCUCGUCGACGCCGCCGGCGGCUUCGGCGGCACCUGGUACUGGAACCGCUAUCCGGGCCUCAUGUGCGACGUCGAGAGCUACAUCUACAUGCCGCUGCUCGAGGAGACGGGCUACGUGCCGAGGCACAGGUACUCGUACGGCCACGAGCUGCUCGCGCACGCGAACCGCCUGGCCGAGACGUGGAACCUGGCGGACAAGGGCGUCUUCCGCUCGCAGAUCAAGAGCUACGAGUGGGACGAGGACGCGAGGCGGUGGUCAGUGGUCAUCGAGCAGGGCCGUGGCCCCAACGAGGCGCCCGUGACGAUGACGGUGUGGUCGCAGUUCGUCGUCGUCGCGAACGGCGUCUUGAACCACCCCAAGGUGGCCAAGAACCUCGAGGCCUUCGAGGGCGCCAUGUUCCACACCGCGCGGUGGGACUACGGCGUCACCGGCGGCAGCCCGGACGACCUCGAGAAUGUACAGCUCACGGGCCUGCAAGGGAAACGGGUCGGCAUCAUCGGCACGGGCGCCACGGCCAUCCAGCUCGUGCCCCAGCUCGCCAAGUGGGCCAAGGAGCUCUACGUCUUCCAGCGGACGCCCUCGUCGGUGGACGAGCGGGGCCAGCGGCCGACGGACCUGGAGGAGUGGAAGAAGAGGAUCGCCAGCGGCGGCCCCGGUUGGCAGACCCGCCGCACCGAGAACUUCAACGUCUUCAUCACCGGCGGCGAGGCGGACGAGAACCUGGUCGCGGACGGCUGGACGACGAUCAAGACGUACAAGGCCCUCAUCGGCAGCCCCCAAGACAAGCCCCUCGGCAUGGCGGACAUCCCGGGCCACAUCGGCAACCUGCUCGCCCUGGACGUGCCCCGGUCCGAACGGAUCCGGCGGCGCGUAGACGAGAUCGUCAGGGACAAGGCGACGGCCGAGUCGCUCAAGCCGUGGUACCCGAGCUGGUGCAAGCGGCCGACGUUCCACGACGACUAUCUGCCGGCGUUCAACCUGCCCAACGUCUACCUGGUCGACACCAACGGUAAGGGCGUGGACAGGGCGACCAGGACGUCCCUCGUCGUCGGCGACGCAGACUACCCGCUCGACGUCGUCGUGCUGAGCACGGGUUACAGGCCGGUCGGCGAGAACCUGGUCGAGCCUUCGGGUCGGUCCAACAUGACCAUCCGAGGCCGCGGGGGGCGCCUCAUGUCCGACAAGUGGUUCGGCGAGGGGCCGUCGACGUUGCACGGCGUGCUCACCAGCGGCUUCCCGAACCUCUUCCUCGCCGGCCCGCUGCAGACCGGCGCAUCGGUCAACUUCGCCUAUGUGCAGGACGUCCUCUCGCAGCAUUGCGCGUACAUCCUGGCCGAGGCGAUGAAGCGGGCGGGCAAGAGCACCGACAAGGUCGUCGUCGAGUCCACCGUCGAGGCCGAGGAGACCUACGCGGGGCUCAUCAUGCAGUACGCGGCGUGGUUCUCCGCCAUGAGCGUCUGCACGCCGGGGUAUCUGAACAACGAAGGGCACCAGGCGCCGCCGGAAGAGCAGAUGAAGAUGGCCAAGGGCGCGCCGUUCCCUCUUGGGAUGAAUGCCUGGGCGCGGUUUCUGAAGGAGUGGCGUGCCGAGGGUUCGAUGAAGGGUGUGAAUGUUAUUGCCGCAUGAACU